ACAAAGUCCCAAUUUUGUUUCGGACCUUCCAACCUUUUUCUCUUUCGUUUGCCCAAACAACAAACCAGAAAAACAAAACCAUCAAAAGAUCAAAAACCAAUCAAAAGAAGAAAAAUUUCCCAAAUCUUACAAUCUUAUUACAAUGAUGGCAGCAGCUAAAGCCAACCCAAAUUCCCUUUUCCUUUCAUCUUCAUCAACCCCUUACUCUUCUUUCCCACCACUUCACCGGAUUUCUUUAAAUAAGCUUCCUUUUUUGCCCCGUUCUCAAUGUUCAAACCUUAUUUCUGCUUGUUCCAAAAAACCCAUUUCGGGUUCUGUGAAUUUGGAUCCGAGUAUCACUAGUUUCGGGUCCGGGUCAACAAAGGUUGAUUCUUUGGAUGAAAGUGCUGAAGUUUCGUCUUCUCCUUCUAAUGCCAUUGAUUUUCUCACUUUGUGUCAUAGUCUUAAGACCCAAAAGCGGAAGGGAUGGGUAAAUCAUGGGAUAAAAGGUCCUGAGUCUAUUGCUGAUCAUAUGUACCUAAUGUCCGUGAUGGCUUUGAUCGCUAGUGACCUUCCCGAUGUUAACAGAGAAAGGUGCAUUAAGAUGGCCAUUGUUCAUGACAUUGCUGAAGCAAUUGUUGGAGAUAUAACUCCAUCUGAUGGUGUGCCUAAGGCUGAGAAAAGCAGACGUGAGCAAGCUGCCUUGAAUGAAAUGUGCAAAAUUCUUGGUGGAGGGAUGAGAGCUGAAGAGAUUAAAGAACUGUGGCAAGAGUAUGAAAAUAAUGCUUCAUUAGAGGCCAAUCUUGUAAAAGAUUUUGACAAGGUUGAAAUGAUUCUGCAGGCAUUGGAAUAUGAAUCAGAACACGGAAAGGUGCUGGACGAGUUUUUCCUUUCAACUGCAGGAAAAUUUCAAACAGAAAUAGGAAAAAGCUGGGCUGCUGAAAUCCAUUCCCGGAGAAACUCCAGAUUGGAAAAGAGACUCAACUAAUCCUUAUUGAUAUUUUGCAUUUAUACAAUCUUAGCGCCUUCCUUCUUCAAAUAACUGAGAGAUAGCCUAAUGUGUUAAUGUAAUCGGAGAGUAAAAGUGUACUCGCUUCUUGUUCAGCUAAGCUCCGAUUAAGCUGAACGUUUGAAGUAAAAUUAAGGUAGGAGAUGCUGUACUAGGGAUAUACUUACCUGUUGCAUGCACUGGGAACUAUUUUUCGAAAAAUUCAGCAGUUUUUGCUAUGAUCGAUUAUACUGUUCUAUGUAGAGUAAUAUGUGAAUUUUACAACA